UUUUCCCCUAGCCCCGCCCCGGCCCCGCCCCGAGCUCCCGGCCUGUCGAAGCCCCUUCUCCUUUCGUGACACCUAUUUCGGUCUCUAGGUAACGUGGGGUCGGGGGUCAAACAGCGCGGCUGCAGGGUGGCAGCUGCCUGCCGGCCCCUCUUCUCGGCCCCUUGACCCUCGGACGCUCAGAGCCAUGGCGAUGCCGCUGCUGCCGGGCCACAGCUUCAACCGCAACAUGGGAAAAGAGAAAUUCCACAAAUCUCAACAUUGGGGCUUUUGCAACAAUGUUAGGAUGCUGGUGAGUGAAGAUAAACCAGGAAUAAGUGGAGAACUGCUUCUCGGACAAAAGAUAAAGCCAAAACAUAGUGUAUUUCCUAAAGGAAUGGGAACUGAUUCACCAUCCUGGGUGGCUUUUGAUAAACAGGGUAAUUUCUAAUUAUGAUUCCAACAGGUAUUAUCUUUUGAUGCCUAUUUAGAAGAUGAAGUGCCUGAUAAAAUUCAAGAAAACUAUAGAAUAAGAUGCUAUAAAAUCUACUUCUACCUUGAAGAUGACACAAUUCAAGUAAAUGAACCAGCAUUGAAAAAUAACGGACUGCCUCAAAGAAUUUUUAUCCGGCGUCAUCGGAUUUCUCUGCCGCCUCCUGAUGAGGAUCAGUUUUAUACUGUGCAUCGUUUUAAUAUCAACAUAGACAUUGUCUUUUAUGGUCGGACAUUCAAGAUUUAUGACUGUGAUACAUUCACAAAAAACUUUUUGAAGAAAAUAGGAGUCAAAUUAAACCCCCCGGGACAGUGUCCAGAAGAUCCUUACCUGAAGACACAGAGAGAGAAGCUAGACUGCAUGGAGCCCUUACGUCCCUAUCAGUCCUUCGACGCUCUGAAACAGUUCCUUGAGUAUGAUAGGAAGGUUUUGCGUUUCUUCUGCCUGUGGGACGACUCAGGCUCAGUGUUUGGGGACCAUAGAGAACUCAUCCUGCAUUACUUUCUGUCUGAUGAUACCAUCGAAAUCAAAGGAGUAUUGCCACAUAACUCAGGAAGAGAUGCUACGUCAUUGUUCCUCCAGAGGAGAAAGGUACCUAAGUAUGGCCCCCCUGGAGUCUAUCAACCAGGCCAGAUAACAGACCGGACAGUUCUCAAUGUAGAUGGUGGCUUGUCAGAGAACCGAGUGUAUGGCUGUCUGUUGGAUAAAUACAAGCUAGGAAAAGUAGACCAAGAGUUUUACAAAGAUAGUGACCUGUCCAUAGGAACCGCCAUCAAUGUGUGGGGAAGGAAAGUGCUCCUUUGUGACUGUGAUGAAUUCAUGAAGACUUAUUGUAAGACUAAAUAUGGAAUUGAGAACUUUACCUCGAUUUCAUGCAAGGCCCCAUCUCCUCCAAAUAUAGAAAGGAAAUUUCCACGUUACACCGGCUUUGGUUCUGAAGAGGAUUCUCUCUGCUCCUGCAGAGGCCUCGUGCCCACACCUCAUCAGAGGAACGUCAUGGAAAAUGACAGCUACAGCAACAUAAGCAAUACACUCCGUUUUUUUGCAAAACUAAUCACACACAAAUGUGCCGAUGUGGAAGGGACGUUUGCUAUUUCAUAUUUUCUCAGUGAUGACACAAUUUCAGUGUUUGAACCUAUGGAGAGGAAUUCAGGGAAUACUGGUGGGAUGUUCUUAAAAAGAAUUCGUGUUAAGAAGCCUGGACAAGAAGUCUUUAAAAGUAAACUCUCAGAAUAUAUCAAGGCUGAGGAGCUAUAUGUUGGAGCCAAAGUGAACGUGAAUGGCUACCUAUUUCUUUUGGUCAGUGCUGAUGUGUAUACCUUAAACUACAUGGAGAGGAAUUCAGAUAAGUUUCUUAUGAGCAACAUUGAACUUGCCCUACAAAAGAUAAAACAAGAAGAAUCACAAUCCAGAGAUCUCAAGCAGGUGUUUACAGCUGCUGAUUGCAUGCACACGAAGAUGGUGGCUUAUAAUACAUUCAGGGACAUAAAUAAUGAUGCGUCUGUCGGGAAACUCACAGACUAAGAAGUUAUAACCAUUGCACGUCACUACCAGGUGCCUGAGGAUCCCCGUCCAGAUACGAAUGUCCUAAUUGCACAGGCCCAUGAACAGCUCAAGAAAAAUACUUUUGAGAAUUUUGAAAGACUCAUUGCUACCUGUGUAUACCAAGAUCGGGAAAAGGAAAAAUUAUUACCCAGCAAAGACAUCAAAAGGCUGUGCAGGUCCUCCUGAUUACCUUUGAAUGAUGAUCUUCUGGGAUCCUUACUCUCCAGGUUUGAAGACAGUGAAAAACAAAUAAAUUACGAGUCAUUUUUCUGUGCCCUGAACUGGAGAGUGAAUCCGAUGCCCGAAUUGGAAGCAGUAUGGUACAUUAAAGAGAGAUGUGAAGAUGAGUGGCUUGGGAUGCCAUCACCUAUUCCUGUGAAAUACAUUUACUAUUUAAACCUUUUAAAGGAUGUGUUUGGCUUAGAGGAGGAGUAACCAUGCAGUUUUGGUUGGUUAACUCCCUUUGAUUUCCUGAUUUCCUGCUCUAAUUUUGCCAAGUUUAUUUCAGUAGAUAUGAUUCCAUUAAAAACAAAAAAAACAAGGUUCAUAUUGAAUUAAAAUCCAUAUUCCAAAAUUAAUCUCCUUUUGUCAUUUCAGUUUUUCAGAACAUCAUAUUAUAUUGCUGAUGUACCAGCACUAUUAAAAAUGCCAUUUAAAGAAACGUUGAGCAUUCUUAUUAUACAUAUGAUUUAUUAAUACCAAGAAUCUUUUGGUAAUUUUCUAUCCAACAUAAUUUGAUUCAUUACAACACAAAAAGAAAAUGACUUUUGACAGCUAUAUAUGACAAUAUAAAAUCAAAUUAUAUCAGAGCAAUAAGUUGUGAUUCUAUUAAACAUUUUUUGAAAUCUUUUUGACACACGCUUAUUACUUAUAUAAUUAAACUUUGUAGCAACUCACCUUUUCAAAAUAAUCCUUAAACCUCUGCAGAGUGAAGGUAUUUAUUUUCUGAAAUUAGCAAAGCUAUGAGAAGAAAAAACCCUCCCUCACAACACAUACACACACGAAAAAUUGGGGAGAGAAAUUAAAACAUAUGCAGUGUUUAUGUUUUUAAUGCUCUUUUAAUCUCUGAAGUUAGCUUGCUAACUUAGGAAUAUAUGCAUGUGUAUAUAAUUAUAGCAUGACCAAAAAUGUAUUAUGUCUGAAAUAUUUAAGGAUGUGAACGCUGAAGAUCUUCAGAGGUCUGUUUUGGUUCAUUCUCCACAUAUACAUAACCGCCUACC